GCCAUCUAUAAUGUUUACAAACACAUGAUGGAAAUAACAUAACACCCACUGGAUAAGGGGCUGUCUGAUGUUAUCCCAAAUGAAUAUGUUCAAGAAGAAAGGGCCUUCUCCGGAGGAAGUCAUCCAAGAGACCAAACUCAAGCGCAACAUUAGCAAGGAGUUUUCUAAAGUUCUGAAAGUUCUUCAGCAGAGACACACCAACGAUGAAACUGAAGUUCCCAUCUACAGUGAUGACGAGGCCAACUCCCUCUGCAGCAUCCUGGAGGCGGUGUUCCUGCAUGGCCUCAAGGACUCUGUGGCCAGCAAGCUGGUCAGUUACAUGAACUUCACCACACCAGCAGCAGACAGCGCUGUCACCAUUAAUUUCUGGAACUUUGUUGCUAAGUUCACACACAAAGAUGUCAUCUCCCAGCUGAAGAAACUCCCACAGAUCUCGACAGACAUCGGACUCUGCAGGGCGUGGGUGAGACUGGCUCUUAAUGAUGGGCUGAUGGAGAGCUACGUUGACUCCGUGGUUGCUGAUGCUAAGACCUUGCAGUAUUAUUACCACGCUACAGCCUAUCUGAGGGACCAUGAACAUCCAGGCAUUUUAAAAAGUUACCUCUCUGGUCUGAUGACCUUGACCUUCCAACUGUCCUACAACUCGAGUGUCCUGAAUGAUUGGAUGUCCACACCGCUGGUUUUGGCUGGAUUUGUGGACUCACAGACCCCAACCCCGAUCUUCACUGUCAAGCCAGGAGCAGGAAAGAGACCAAAGUCAGAGGACAAAUCCUCUUUACAGCUACCACCAAGGACAUCACGCUCAAGGUCGUAUGAUCGAGAUCGCCUUGACAACUCACAGAUUGUUGCCAGCCCACUUGAUGGUCUGCGCACCCCUCCCAACACUCCACAUGACAUACAGGGUUUUACUCGGGCUGAUGUGGAAGCAAUCAAGAAAAUGACCAUGGCAUCUUCUCCUUAUGCUGCAUCAGAGUGUUCUACAUCCAGUCACAUCUCCUGCCCAGAUCCUAGCAAUGGCAAUGCCCCGAGUUUAGAUCCAUCUCUCAUCGAGGAUCAGAUUUUGCAAGAAAUCAUGUCACAAAAUGCAGCUGAGCUGAGAAAUGUAAGAGACGAGAAGGAAUUUAGAAAAUCGGCAGAAAGAAAAAAAGGAAGAACAUGAAGAUCUCCAAGGAUUGAAAGAAAAACAAAUAAAAAUGGUUUUGAAAAAUCUCCAAAAUUCAAACGAAGACCAGGUGAAGAUUGUGCAAAGGAUGUUGAAAAAAAUAGUGGCUCAGUUGCUCAGACUGAAGAACUUGUGUCAUCAAAAACCGAAAAUGUUGAUCUUAAUUCCAAAAGCUGUGAUACUCUUGUUGGAGAAAGUGAGGAACCGUGUGAUAUGAAUCAAGAUGAUCAAACAGUUGAAUCUGCGGCUGAGCCAACAAUUUCCCAACCAGAUGUGCUUGAUAUUUAUGCUCCAGCAAAACCCUCAACAGAAAAACUACCUCCAUUGAGAGGGAGUUCAGAGUUACCUCCCCUCAACAACUUCUCUCCACCAGCCAGUCCAAGCAGGCGUAAGAGCAGCCCAGCAGAACCAGUGCUUUCCCCCGCGGUGGCCAGCAACAUUGAAACAGCUCCUGUCACGGAAAGACGGAGGUCAUCAUUAUCGGCUAUUCAGGAACUCAUCUCUAAAACUGCGGGACGCUCCACAUCCUCGAGCUCUGGUGUUAAUGUGUAUGAUUCAGCAACUGGUGCCAAUGUGCCCACAGAACUAGCAGGAAGCCCAAAGACAUGUGGAAACAGGCUUGGUGCCAUGACAGGGUGGUCUUCAGAGUUUGAACACAGUGGGGAAUAUUUGUCAGAAAGGAACUUGGCACGAUUUGAAGCUUCCACAGAAGAAAUCUCACAGCGACAAAAAACUUACGUAUUCCUGAUGAGUGUAGGAACUAUGCCCCAUCAAGCUCACGGUCUGCCCGGUGCCUCCCUGGACCAGGUGAUACAGAACCUGCCCAACUCCUCUGUGUCACAGCUUGACUCUCUGGAUGGGGAGGAGUCUCCUAGGAGGGUCAUGAAGACACAGUCCAGCGAAGAUCCUGAAGAUCACGAUUUUGAAAUAGUUGAAUGUGGGCAGGUGUCUGUGUUAGACACCACUUCAAACCCCAACUCCCGUCUGACCCAUUUCAAGGAGAUGGCAGUGGAGAAGGGGCUGGACUCCCAGAACUAUCAAUGUAAAGGAUGUUCACGACCUGUUGGACUCAUUUACGGAAACCCCCGGGUAUGUUCCUUUGACGGAGGCUACUAUUGUUUUGAGUGCCAUGAGAAUGAUGAGUACUACAUCCCAUCACACAUUGUCUUCAACUGGGACUUCCGCAAACAAAAAGUGUCCAAGUUGAGCUGUGAGUACAUCCAACAGAUGGAGGACCAGCCUGUGUUGGACCUGGAGGAGCUCAACCCUAAGAUCUAUGAUCACAUCCAGGAGAUGGAAGAUGUCAGACUCCUGCGUCAGCAGCUGUGUUCUCUGAAGACGUAUCUGUUCACCUGUCAUCAGUCAGUGGCUGUCGACCUGAGGAAGAAGGUGUGGCCUCGAGAACACCUGUAUGACAGCAGACACCUCUGUUCUCUAUCGGACCUGCUCCAGAUCCCCUCCGGCCAGUUGGCAAGGUUCCUGAAGGAGGUUGUCAAGUUUGCCAGUAAGCAUGUGUACGACUGUUCCCUGUGCUCCCAGAAAGGAUUCAUCUGUGAGGUGUGCAAUAACCCCAAAGUCAUUUACCCGUUUGAAGUGGAAUCCACCUACAGGUGCAGAUUGUGUAAAGCUGUGUACCACAAGACCUGCAUGACGGAGAACCUACCCUGCCCCAAGUGUCUGCGCUGGAGACUCCGCAAGUCCAGCUUCGGGGCAAGUCCAGCCGACUCCGAGGACUACGCCUUCACCCCACCUUGACCUUCUGCUCCACUAGCCUUCACACAGGAGGGUCUUCACUUUCCUCCACACCAAGAGUUGUCUUUGUGUCAAUCAGUGCCCAUCUUCAUCCUCGUCAUUUAGUGUAGCAUGCAAUUGUCAAACUUUCACACAUUUACAUGGGAGAGGAGUGAGCCGUUCAGGGAAUGUAGGGAUGUAGAGAACGUACUGUGGAUAUUGAGGAGGAUGUUUGCAGAAACCCAUUGAACUUCCUUGUUUCAUUGUGUGGUCAUACAAGUGCUUCAUACUGUCCAUGCUUUCUGUGUGGGUAUCUAACAGAUGUCUGUAUGUUUAGUGUGUGAAGUUACUGUUGCUGGUGCUAGCACCCAGACAUUCUGAGUCAUUAUUGUAGAAAUGCAAAGAUUAUGACUCCAUUUAUAUUGCCAUGUUUGAAAAAUAUAGGGGGAUAUAGUCUGUAGGUCAGGCCAUCUGUCCGCCUUUCGUUUCUGUUUUGAGGGCAUAACUACUAAACUGUUGAAUAUUUCUGGAUGAAUCUUCCUAUACAGAUUAGUUAAGGGGUGAACUGGUGCCUUUUUAUGAUUUGUGACAUUGAAAAAUAUUGAUCAUUAUUCACUUCACUGAACGGAAAGUACACAAUGACAAUGAACCAAAGAUGGGGCACAUGUAACCAUUUCUGAUUGCACCAAACCGUGGGAUAUGUCCAGAUGACUCUUGACAAAUAUGGAGAUUAAUGUUUGUAUUUGUCCAAACCAGUAGCUUUAACACAGCUUUCAUUGUUUAGUCUGUCUGGUUCAUUUCUUGAAUGUGAUAUGUAAACAGGCAUCAGGACUUGUUUCAUCAGUCCAGCUGUCCUUGUGCUAACAACUGCCAUGUGUAAUAUUUUGGACAUGACGUACGUUUUGAGUGGAUUUUCAGAAUAUUUAAUUAUUUUCAACCUGCAGACAGUCAUAAUACUCAUUUCAUUGUUUCAGGGUUGUCAUGUCUAGCCUGAUAUUUGGUACUGCUAUGCUUAAUCUGAAACACUAGUGAUGAAGCUAAUAGGUCAAAGUGGUAAUUCGUAGUCGCCGAGAAUUGGUCAGUUUGGUGUAUUUGGGGGCAACAGUUUUCCUUUCAACAAUAAACCAACAUAACUACAAAUCUGCAACACAAACAACAAUAGCAGUAUUGGCAAUGCAUUAUUUAGACAAUAACUAACAAGUUAUUGGGAAUGACAGAUUAGCCAAGGCUCGAGAAUUACGUAAUUAAUAUAACUCGGGGGGAAAGACAAUCUGUCAUUACAAGUCACAUGUUAGUUAUUGUCUACUUCUAGCACUGACAGUUCUUCAGACAAUUGGCACCAGGUUAUGCCAUCAUGUUGUAGAGCGAGUGAUGUCUGUAUUGUCGCCCAAGGCUUGUGUGGUGGUCAAGUCCGUCUUGCUGGUACUGUUUGGUCCUUUGAAUAUUUUUGAAACAACAUCUAAUGAAUACAGUCUUCAAAACCAUUAGUAAAUCUUGUUCAGAUUCAUUUAAAUGUAUAAGAUGUAUAUCAGACACUCCUCAUUAGACCACCAUAUGUCCUCUUACCUUCUAAGAGUACUGAAUGCAGUAUUGAAUGCAGUCUUCAAAACCAUUAGUAAAUCUUGUUCAGAUUCAUAUAAAUGUAUAAGAUGUAUAUCAGACACUCCUCAUUACACCACCAUAUGUCCUCUUACCUUCUAAGAGUACUGAAUGCAGUAUUGAAUGCAGUCUUCAAAACCAUUAGUAAAUCUUGUUCAGAUUCAUAUAAAUGAAUAAGACAUAUAUCAGACACUCUUCAUUACACCACCAUAUGCACUCUUACCUUCUGAAACAGAUGUGAUGUUUUGAUAAUACACAGUUUGUAAACACAUCCUAUGGCCUGUUCUACCAAUUCCAUCAUAAUGAUUUGUCAAUAUGUUUUAGUACGUCAAUCAAUACAAUCAAUUCUUAACAUCAUUAUUCAUUACCAGACCUGUGUUUAUAAAUUACAAGAAACAAACAAACCAUAAGUUUUUUUAAAAAGAUUCAAUAUUUUCACUCUGGUAACCAUGGUUACCCUGACGAUUUCAUGAACAAAUAUUUGUUUGGGUCACAAUAUUUUCUUUUGAUUUUUCCUAUAAAAAAAUAUAACAGUGUUUGUGCUUAAUUUGUUUCACUCCCUUAACCACAUCAACCAUAAAUAUGUUUAGGGGCGGUUGGGUAGCCUAGUGGUUGAAACGUUUGCUCGCCACGCCGAAGACCUGUGUUCGAUUACCCACAUGGGAACAAUAUGUGAAGCCUAUUUCUGGUGUCCCCCACCGUGAUAUUACUGGAAUAUUGCUAAAACAGUAAAGUAUUGGCAAACCACAAGUAGACUCGCUGGUUAUAACUUCAUCUGGCCCCAAGUUGGUCAUACAUGCUGAGAGAAUCUUUACGGGUGGGUACCGUGGGGGGAGCGUAGCCUAGUGGUGAAAGCAUGUGAAUUAUAUCUAACUAAUAGAAAUACUUUCUUCUGCCAGUUGUAACCAUGGUAACUAUUGCUUCAAUCAAUGAACUGACUGGACAUGUUGGUGAACAUUCUGCACCCAGGCACAUCUUUAGAUUGGCUCUUUGAAAAAUGUUGCUGGGAUUCCUUUGGUUAACAGUCAUAAUUCUAGUGCUUUUUCCAGAUUGUAUUGUGGGGUGGUGGAGUAGCCUAGUGGUAAGAGCGUUUGCUCAUCACACCGAAGAUCCCGGUUCGAUUCUCCACAUGGGCACAAUGUGUGAAUCCCAUUUAAAGUGUCCCCUGUCGUGAUAUUGCUGGAAUAUUGCUAAAAGCUGGGUAAAGCAAUACUCACUCACUCACUCAAAUUGGCCUUGGGAAAACCGCUUAGACAUUAAAUGUGAAUUGUUUCACUCUUGUUAUUUCUUUUAAAGCUUUUAAGCUCAUUGUCCUUAUAUGUGGGAAUUUUAUUAUUCAGAAAACAGGUCAAGGUGCCAUAUGCCGAUUAUUUAUGUAUUUAUUAUGUGCUGAAAUAUUUUAGCCCACUGUUAGUCAUCUAACAUUUAUAUGAUUUCCUUGUUUAAGAGUUCAUGUCAAACAGUUUGACAGUGAGGAAACUUGGGGAUACGUUUUAAGCCAUUACUUCCUUGUUAAUUUUGGAGAUUUAACAACAAUGCAUUUUGUGAAAAAAAUAUCACUUUUAACCAGAUUGAACCCAUAUAUAUAAUUUCUUUUAUUUUCUAUUUGUGCACCUGUAAAAUGUUUAUGUAUGUGUAAAGUAUGCCAUAUAUGUCAUGACCCAGCUUCCACUGGGAAGAAUACAACUUGGACACAUCGGUGUUGAAUCAGGUUCAUGGUGGGAUCAGGUCUCAUGACCUCUGCAUCUUCAUCUUUUUAACAAUCUAUCUUUGAUUUUAAAUGAUAUUUAAAUUGUAAAUGGCAACACAAGCUAUGAAUUUUGUUGUGUGUACAGAAAUCAUGACUGUCUUUCACCUGUUGCAGAGUAAGCGGGGAUCUCUCUAUAUAGCCCUUGUUCUGGCUUUGCAGGAUCAAUAAAUAUAUUUAUAUCUAGA